AUGACAGAGGACAAAUGCAUGCCCAUAGCAAUCAUUGGCCUGGGAGGUCGAUUUCCUGCUGAUGCAUCGAGCCCCGAAAGGUUAUGGGAGCUCGUCUCGGAGGGCCGCAGCGCUCGGGGUGAAGUGCCCAAGGAUCGGUUCAAUAUGGAUGCCUUCUACCAUCCACACCAUGAACGACAGGGGACUCUCAACGUGCGCCAUGCACACUUCAUGAACGGGGAUAUUGCUGCGUUCGAUGCCCCGUUCUUCUCCAUCACGCCGGCAGAGGCAAAGGCGAUGGAUCCCCAACAACGCAUGGCGCUGGAGUGCACGUACGAAGCAUUGGAGAAUGCCGGGCAGCGUCUCGAGGACGUUGUAGGGUCGAAAACCUCUUGCUACAUCGGCUGCUUCACCAGGGACUACAGUGACAUGCUUGCCUGUGACCGGGAAAACCUGCCCUUGUAUCAUGGAACUGGGACGGGUUCCGCUAUUAUGUCCAAUCGAAUCUCCUGGUACUUUGACCUCAAGGGGCCGAGUAUCAGUCUGGACACGGCAUGCUCCUCUUCGUUGGUAGCUCUCCACCUGGGGUGCCAGAGUCUUCGAACGGGAGAGUCUGAAAUGUCAAUCGUGGGAGGCACCAACCUGAUCUUACUGCCGGAUAUCAUGUCGGCCAUGUCGGCCUUGCAUUUCCUCAGCCCGGAUGGGAAAUGCCAAUCGUUCGAUCACAAGGCCAAUGGUUACUCGCGUGGCGAGGGUGCGGCGGUGGUGAUUCUGAAGCCCCUUCAUCUGGCACUGAGGGACAAUGAUGUGAUUCGCGCCGUCAUCCGCGGGACCGCAGUGAAUCAGGACGGAAAUACCCCUGGCAUCACACUGCCCUCUGCCACGGCACAGGAGGCCCUUAUCCGGGAGACCUACGCAAACGCCGGACUGAACUUCACAGACACAGCUUACGUCGAGACGCACGGCACGGGUACACCGGCUGGUGACCCGGUCGAAGCCGAGGCCCUGGCAGCGACGUUUGGCAAGUCCCGAUCCGAGGAUGAUCCGGUAUUCGUCGGCUCCAUUAAGACCAACAUCGGCCAUCUCGAGGGAGGAUCCGGUCUGGCACAAGUUGUCAAGGCAGUGUUUGCACUUGAGAAAGGUCAAAUCCCCCCGAGCCUUUGGUUUGAGAGGCAGAACGAUCGAAUCCGGCUCGAGGAGUGGGGUCUGGCUAUUCCUACUCAUUUGAUGCCUUGGCCGAAACCGGGCCUAAGGAGACUGAGUAUCAAUUCUUUCGGCUAUGGCGGAACCAACGCGCAUUGCAUCCUCGAUGAUGCGUUUCACUACAUGAGGUCGCGAGGCCUGAAGGGCAAUCACAACAGCAGCACGGAAGGGGACGCAGAGUCGGCAGCAUCCUCUUCAGCGGACUCCGGCGUGGCUCUCUCUUUCGACAAUACAUCUCUCCUGUCCGACCGCCUCAAGCUCUUAACUGACGUUGACUAUUUUUCCGACCGAAAGAAGCAGCGGGCAUUGCUGUAUGUGUGGUCAUCCCAUGAGCAGCUUGGGAUUGAGCGAACAGCCAGAAUGUAUUCGGAGUAUCUGGCGGCUCAGCAGGCAGAGGUGCAGGAUAGCGGGAGCCAAACACUGCUCAACCGCUUUGCCUAUACGUUGGCCACCAGAAGGAGCGUCCUGCCGUGGAAGAGCUUCGUCUACGCGUCAACCAUGACCGAGCUUAUCGACAAGCUCGCUGGAUCCUGGCGUAAGCCAAUCCGGUCUUCCGGGACACCUAAGGUGGCAUUCGUCUUCACGGGGCAGGGAGCGCAGUGGUAUGGAAUGGGACGGGAACUGUGUGCCUACCAGGUCUUCAGGGAAAGCCUGGAAGCAGCCAGCACUUUCCUCGUGUCGCUCGGCUGCUCCUGGUCGCUUUUGAAUGAGCUGCUGCAGGAUGCGGAGUCAUCACGGAUUAACGCCGCCUCGUUCAGUCAGCCCAUUUGUACGGCGGUUCAGGUCGCGCUGGUGGACCUCGGAGAGAUUGCCGCCGCGUAUGCCAAAGGUGCCAUCACUAGAGAGAGUGCAUGGAUGAUAGCCUACCACCGUGGAAGACUGUCCGAAAGUAUCCGCGGCCUUGCCCCUCAUCUGAAUGGGGGCAUGCUGGCCGUCGGCCUGGGACGGACAGAAGUCAACAAGUACCUCGACGAGGUGCCGGACGCGAGAGUUGUGGUGGCAUGUAUCAAUAGCCAUUCCAGCACCACUCUCUCUGGUGACUCUGCCUCUAUACAGGAACUUGAAAGACGUAUUCAAGCGGAUGGACAGUUUGCCCGUCGGCUCAAGGUGGAGAUCGCGUAUCAUUCUCCGCACAUGGAGACCGUUGCUUCGCACUAUCUCGACAGUCUUCACGAUGUCUCCCCUUUGCGAGCGGACGGGGAUGAAAUCAAGAUGUUUUCCAGCGUGACAGGGACAUUGGUCAGCAAUGCUGAUCUGGGUGCCUCAUACUGGGUCGCCAACCUGCUGAAUCCCGUUGACUUCCUGGGCGCCUUGAACAGUCUCCUCAGCUACACGGAGACAAAUCAGGGCAAAAAAAGCAGACGUGCAGGGAAGCCGUACGCUAAUAUCCUGAUUGAAAUCGGUCCUCAUUUCGCCUUAAAAGGUCCCAUCAAGCAGACACUGGGCUCCGAGCCACGAACCUCUGAUGUCUCCUAUCUCUCGGUGUUACAACGUGAAUCCGAUGCAUGUGCGACGGCUCUGGAGGUGGCGGGCGAGCUCUUCGCCUCCGGAUACCCAGUUGACAUUUCCCGGCAAAGGUACUGGUUCGAGUCGGCUGCGGGAAUGAACCACCGCUUCCGCAAGCAUCCACGAAAGGACCUGGUGGGCAGUUUGACAGUGGAUGGUGUGGACAUCGACCCUCGCUGGCGGAACAUCAUCCGGCUCAAUGAGGCGCCGUGGAUCGAGCACCACAAGGUGCAGGGCUCGAUUCUCUAUCCGGCGGCAGGGAUGAUGGUGGCCGCGAUUGAGGCGAUGAAGCAGAAUGCGGACCCGGACAGGGAGAUUGAGGGAUUUGAGCUCCGCGACAUCCUUAUUGGCAAGGCUAUCGUCGUACCGGCUGACGACCCAGGAGUCGAGAUGGUGCUCUCCCUCCGGCCAUGGAGACUUGGCUCUCGGGCAACGACUUCGGCGUGGCACGAGUUUACAUUAUACACGAGACAAGAAGGCUGGGACAAGAAUUGCUCGGGUCUGAUUCAAGUGAAAUAUAAGGAGUCCAAAAAUCCCCUCUUCGUCGAUGAGGAUCGAGAGUCGGAUCAAGUCUUCAGGGAGACAUACCUUGAGACCUUUGGGGAUUGUCCCAAGUCAGAGAAUCCUCGCCAGUUCUAUGAGCAUCUGACAACGAUCGGCCUGUACUACGGAGACGUCUUCCAGAAUUUGAUUGACAUUAAACAAGGCCAUCACAAGGGUGUCUGCUCGCUUCGCAUCCCAGACACGCGGAGCCGGAUGCCGAUGAAGUUUGAGUACGACCAUGUUAUCCAUCCGACCACCUUGGACAGCAUCAUCCAGAUGGCGCUUCCGGCCACGACUGCACUCGGCGAGGAGAUGACAGUCGCCAAGGUGCCCAUAUCCAUUGACCGGUUGUAUGUGUCCGCAGCUGUGCCUUCGUUGCCUGGUACUCUGCUACAAGGGUACGCCCGAGUGCGGCUGACAGGAUUUGACGACGGCGAGGCCACUGUUGCUGUUUCUACGCCGGAUUGGGAACGACCUCUGGUGGUCUUCGACGGCAUCAAAAGCAAAUCGUUGUCCGGGACGUCUGACAAUGCGGCCGCUGCGGCCAGUAUGAGAAAGCUGACGAGCUACUUCCACUGGCAGGAAGACCUAGCCAUGCUCCAACCGGAGGAGGACAAUCUUCUGCACAAUUUCUACUCGAGCGGGGUGGGUUGCCCUCAGAACUAUGCCAAAUUAUCCGAGUACGUCAGGCUCCUGGCUCAUAAGCAGCCCGACAUGAAGAUCCUAGAAGUCGGUGCGGGGACGGGGGGAGCCACGCUUCCCUUGCUCGAACGGCUGGGAGGACACAACGGCACCUGUGCGAUGUUCUCCAGCUACACAUUCACAGACAUCAGCGCUGGCUUUUUCGAGAAGGCCCGGCUGAAGCUCAAGUCCUGGGCGCCCUUUAUGACCUACGCUCGGCUCAACAUCGAAGAGGAUCCAGUGGCUCAGGGGUUGGAAGAAGGUGGCUACGACCUCAUAGUCGCCUCCAACGUUCUGCACGCCACACGACGCAUGGAUACCACGCUUGCAAAUGUGAAGAAGCUCCUGAAGCCGUCCGGUAAGCUGGUCCUCAGUGAGAUCACCAACCCGCUCCUGCGACCCCGCGAUCAUUUCCUCUCUGUACUGGUUUCUUCUGCUGGCGCCCCUGGAGGGCACGCUGUGCCUGCAGAAGUUCUAGUCGUCGUGCCCGAGGCUCCGACAGAAGAGGUGCAAAAGUUGACGACGGCGUUGUCGGCCAGCUUACAGGCGCGCGGUGCGAGAGAUGUUACAGUUACGACCAUUCGACACAUGCCUCCCCCAGACGAGCUGAAGAACAAGUCCUCUGUGACGCUGCUUGAAUGCGACCCCGAGCACCCGUUCCUGCCGGAGAUUUCCCCAGAGGAGUGGGAUGCCUUGAGAGUCCUCAUCCUUGAGUCUGCUGACGUGACUUGGGUCUCCCGAGGGGCGGUUACCACGAGCGAGUCCCCCUUUGCGAACCUGAUGACCGGCAUGGCGCGUAGCAUCCGUGCGGAGAACCCACAGCUUGCCUUCACCACGGUCGAUCUCGAUCCACAGCGGUCACUGGAUUCCCCUCGGGGGUUUAAAGUCCUGAUCGACAUUUUCGUCCAGGGUGCACACUCACGGGAUAGUCAGAGACCUGACUGGGAGUAUGCAAUCCGGAACGAGCGGGCGAUGGUUCCGCGAAUUCUUAUGGAGAAGGGCAUGAACGAUUUGAUUGCCACGUAUAACGUCGCUCCUCAACCGGAGAUGGCUCCGUUCAAGCAGGAAGGACGUUCGUUGACGUUGUCCGUCGGGACUCCCGGUCGGCUUGACACGCUUCAAUUUGUUGACGAUCCUGUUAUCACCAGGGAGGAUGUAAAGCCAGAGGAGGUUGAGAUUGAAGUGAAGGGUGUCGGAUUGAACUUCAAGGAUAUCAUGGUUGCGAUGGGACAAUUACCACAGCCCGCUCUGGGCAUCGACUGCAGUGGUGUGGUAACCCGGGUUGGCAGUCAGGUUGACAACCUCCGUCCUGGAGAUGCAGUCAUGACCUGGCGUCCUGGUGCAUUCAGCAACUAUCUCCGUUCGCCUCAAAGAAUGGUGCACCGAAUCCCUGACGGAAUGAGUUUUGGCACGGCAGCCUCUCUCCCCGUCGUUUACAGCACCGCCCACUACGCUCUGCACCAUGCCGCGGGAUUGCGCGCCGGGGAGAGUAUCCUCAUCCAUGGAGCCGCUGGAGGCGUAGGGCAAGCAGGUAUCAUCCUCGCGCAGCAUAUCGGAGCGGAGGUUUUUGCUACCGUCUCCUCGGAGACCAAGAAGUCGCUCCUAGUUGACAAGUAUGGGAUCCCGCAAGACCACAUUUUCAACAGCAGGGAUGUACAAUUUGCACAAGGUAUCAGACGGAUGACCCAGGGCCGAGGUGUCGACGUGGUCCUGAACUCGCUGGCUGGCGAAGCGCUGCGACAAUCGUGGCACUGCAUUGCAACCUGUGGACGGUUUGUUGAAUUGGGGCAAAGGGAUAUAGUGGGAAAUACCGGCUUGGACAUGGCACCUUUCAUCCGAAACGCUUCCUUCCACGCCAUAAACAUGCUUGCGGUCCUGGAAGGCAACCUUUCUUUAGCAGCCCAAGUAUUCUCGGAUGUGGUGGGUCUUCUCGACCGCGGUAUCAUCAGGCCAGUCCAUCCCGUCGUCUCGAUGCCAUUCUCCAAAAUGGAAGAGGCAUUCCGCCUGAUGCAGACGAGCCAACAUCUGGGCAAGAUCGUUCUCGAACCCGCCGAAGACGAACUGGUUCCGUGCAUCCCACCAAAAGUCGCACCAUAUGCAUUCGAUCCUCACUCCACCUACAUCCUGGCAGGCGGUUCUGGGGGACUGGGAAGAUGCCUGGGCCGAUGGAUGGUAGAGCAAGGAGCACGUCAUAUCGUAUUCCUGUCCAGGUCCGGGCUGAAGAAGCCGGAACUGCAAGAGACAGUCGAUAUGCUACAGAGACGCGGCGCCAGGGUGGCUGCCUACCCGUGCGAUGUGAACAAGGAAGCCGAUGUGGCUGCUGCGGUAGCCAUCCUUGCGAAUGAAUUUCCUCCUGUCAAAGGUGACGCAAUUUACCAAAACAUGACGCAUCAACAAUUCAUGGGCGCUGUUCGACCAAAGGUCCAGGGAAGCUGGAAUUUGCACAAAUAUCUGCCGCAGGACAUGGACUUUUACGUGCUGCUGUCCUCCAGUGUCGGCAUUGCCGGUUCGAGAGGACAAGGGAAUUAUUCUGCUGGGAACUCCUUCCAAGACGCACUGGCGCAUUACCGACAGCUUCACGGGCAGCACGGAGUGUCCAUCGAUGUUGGCAUGGUGCUCGGAGUGGGCUUCCUGGCCGAUAACACAGAGGAGCGGGUCCACGACAACACCAAAACGUGGAGCUUCAUCGGGAUCCGCGAGAAGGAAUUCCUCGGCAUGGUCCAAGCUGCCAUCACCGGGGUGAGCAUCAAAGGACAGCCGGUUCCCCCUCAGCUGGUAACCGGCCUCGGAACGGGCGGGAUGAUGGCGCAAGGCGCAGAGAAAUAUCCUUGGUGGUUCAACGACGCCAAGUUCGCUCACCUCGUCCAGGUCGAUACGCAUCAGGUAGCCCAGACGAAGGACGAGGAUUCGGCGCAGCUGCAAGCAUUGCUAUCGCGUGUUACGACCAUGGAUGCUGCCGCCGAGAUUGUCUGCACGGCGCUGAUUGGGAAAUUGGCCAAAUCCAUGAUGAUGCCCGUCGAAGACGUCGAGGCGUCGCGUCCGGUAAGCAGCUACGGUGUAGACAGUCUUUUGGCGGUGGAGUUGCGUGGAUGGAUCUUCACGGAGCUUCAGGCAGAUGUUUCCGUCUUUGACCUGCUGAGCAACAUUCCGAUUAGCUCGCUCUCGCGAAGGAUCGUUGGGAAAUCUAAAUGUAUCCCGGACGGGGUGGUGGAGGCUGACAACUGA